UUAGUCUAAACAUUAGACUAGUCUAUAUUGAGCCUUGCUUGUAUAAAAAUAUUUUGUUAAGCAUUGAUUGUUUCCAAACAUAUUUUGACAAGGUUUAAGAUAAAUAGUUUGGGAAAUAUGGACUCGACGAUUUAAAAUCCAUUUCAGGUUUUUUGUGUCACACAUCGCAGCCAACAACUUGGCUCGAGACCGUAGGUCGGGUCUGAGAGGGAGCGGACUAUGGAGAGUGGGUUGCUGCCCUGAAUGGAUUGACAUAGGCUAAGAGGGAUUUACCUUUGGAUGGCUGUUGCACUGCAAAUGUCGAUAGGCGUGUGUAACAGUAUUACGAUUUGAUUUAUAACGAAAUUUUGGAUUGUGACAAAUGAAUUCGUGUUGUCACCUACACCUACUAACUCGCUGUAUUUGCCGCGGAAGGGAACCAGUAAGGAUCAGCCUUUUCUCAGAGGAGUGGAGUAUUAUUAGGAGUUCAGACCUUGCAACUGUCUUUCUGGUAGCUCCAGAUCCUUGUACAGCUGUUUCAGUAUGAGGAGCCAACUCUGGCAGUGUUGGACUAGAUCUUGAAAAGGAACAGAGAAUAAGGAAGAAGAGAGCAAGAAAAGUGAAUGCUGUGUACCAAGAUUUAAAGAAAUAAUUUCACUGGUUCCCAUGCCCGCGGCUUCUCAGCAUCACUCCCAUACCCUUAGCAAUGCCUCCUACUCCCAAGCCCCCUAAGAGACAGACACCACAGAGGAAGAAGGAUCACAAGGUGGUUGCUACCACUGGCAAGAGGCAAACAAGCAAUUCAAAUAAACCUAGUGGUAGAGCCAGUGAAAGGCUUCAAAAAACAACAGAGGAGCCCCAGAGGCCCAUUGCCAGGACCCAACUCAAACCAGCCAGAAGCCCACGGGGUAGAGGUGUCAGUGGGCCAUCUAGGGUGUCCCCCAGCAAUGUCCACCAUGCCCUAGGUGUAACAGGAUCGGUGAGACUUAGACGGCAGUGUAAUCCACCUGACCAUCUUGGUGUGUUUGAAGACCCCUUAGGGCGUAGGAAGUCCCCACGAGGCACUGGGAUUUCUUUUGUAACCCACUACCCACCUAAAGUCAACAAGGGAUACAGAACAACCAGGGGUAGGGCAGGACAGGAAGCUGGGGUACAGAGAGCAAAGACCAGGCAAGAGCCUGGAGAUGAUCAUAGAGUUGAUGCCGGUAAGGUUGAUCCCAAGGAGGAGUUAAUCAGCCUUAGUGCAGGCAACCCUGGCACUUUGUCUUCCAAGCUCAGUAGCCUUCAUCCGGCUGAUCAAGAGAGGACAGAAGUUAAUGCUCCUGUCAAUAUCAACACACUGCAAGUGUCUGUCACCCAUAAUGGAGACAGAGCUAGUGAUGAGCGACUGGUGGCAAACCAUGUCAGCCAAGCAGAGGUAAAAAACUCACGUGACAGGUUUGAGCUUAAAUACCCAGAAAGUGAGUUGGAAGUAAUCUGCCAGAAUCCUAGGAACAACUCUUCUGAGCUCACUGAUAAACCCAGUGUAGAUCAUGAGAAGAUCUCUAAUGGCCAAAGUGCUAACGACCAUAACUUGGGGUAUGACCAUAGUGACUCUGCCAGCGAUGUUAAGCAGGAGUCAGUGGUUCUUCCGGGCGACGGCUGCUUAUUUAACCUGGUACAUGACCCAAGAGAGAUGAAGGAACAAGUCAAUAAUGAGGAGGAACUCGGAGAGGAAAAAGUGGAAGAGGAAAGACUCAAAUCAGAAAGAAGAGGGGAAAGAGUAAUAAAGAGUAUUGGCAAAAAGUCAGGACAGCAAGAAGAUGAGGGGAGCGAAGAAAAUCAAGAGAAAGCAGAAAAAAGUGAAGCAGAAGAAAAACAGGGGGAAAGAGAAAUGGUCACAAAUCCUAAAGACUCCUAUUCCUCUUCGUCUAUGUCUGAGCCUCCAGACCAGUCUCUGUCAAGGAAUGUUCGAAUGAUAGAGUUUUCUGUCAAAGCCUUACCUGUCUUUGACCCAGCUACCUCAGAUCCUACCAAAGCCUUGACCACAGCAGAGUCACAUGACCACAAUAAAUCAACUCAGCCCCACCAAGGAGCCACAUUUUGUGAUGCAGUGUCUCUCUCAGCCUUUCAUGAAGACUCACAGACCAGCCUCAAAUUGGUGCUUCAUGGGAUUCCAAAUGCCUCCUCUACCAUUGAAUCCACCCAGCCUCUGUGUUUGAACCCAGAUGAACCAGCACAGCCCCAGAACCAGAAUGAUGAGAGCCCGUUUCCUCAGGAGAAUGGACAGCCUCUCAGACCCGUGGAAGAGACCAAAGACAACAGGGCAUCUCCACAGACUUCCAAUCCCUCCAAUCCCAAGAACCAGAAAGAAUCUUUUUCAUCAUCAGGCCUCUACCCAAACACACAGGUGUUCUCUGCUGCCUCUGAGCCAAACACUGACAUUUAUACCACUGUUUUGGUGACAGACCAGGGUACAGUGCCAAAGAUCCUCCCUUUUCCUGUGGAGAGCAGGCUUUCUUUCUCAUGCAGCUCAGAGAGCACGCAGUCCUCCCUUUCUUUUGAUACUGAGUCAGAGCCAGGGUUUGGGGACCCUGGCCCCCCCAGUUGGGGUUCUGGAGGACAAGAGGGGGCUCUGCCACUCCCUUGGCCAGCCCGGCAGCCUCAGAGAAAAGAAAGAAAGAAAAGGAGCCGAUGUGGGACCUGUGAGCCCUGCCUGAGGAAGAUGAACUGUGGUCAGUGCAGCUGCUGCCUAAACCGCAUGACCGGCCACCAGAUCUGUAAGCUGAGGAAAUGUAUGGAACUACGCAAGAGGAGAACCUCGUCGCUACUCUCUCCUUCGUCUACACAGGUGAGUUGCAAGGACGUGGCCAAACCAGCAACAAAGAAGACAGUUUCCACGGUGGCUAGUGAGGGGGUUUCAGUAAAUGGCAGAGGACCAGUUCAGAUGGCAGAUGACACCCAUACGACAGCGGAGGAGGAAGACGGGGAGGAGGGCCCCAUACCUCACACACACUCCCCCCACGCCCACCACGACCGCCUUCUCACCCCAACCCGAAAUGGCCAGCCCGCACUUAACAAGACAGAGCCAGAUCUGGACCCGACCAGCAAUGCACUUCAACAACACCACUGCACUUCUGUGACUUCUCAAAAUGGUGCUGAUAAAAAUCAGAUGAAAACAAAUGGUGCUGAACCGACUGCUGGGUCAUGUAGUCUAAGUACUACAUUAGAGUCCAUGUCACAAAGCACUAUCGCAGAGUCCCAUAAGACUACAUUGCCCAUCUUCCCCAAAGGUAGCUGUGAGACUACACCUGAGGCCCUGAUUGACGGUAUGUCAGGUCCACUGAAGAAGAUCAAACUGGAGGAGCCGUGGGAGUGGUCCUCUGACCACACCUCCACACCAAUAGAUGGUGACGAUGACGUGUACGAGGACGGGCUGUCCACGUUAGCGGCUGUGGUCUGCUUCUCCAUCACAGACAGGAAGGGCCUGGAGGAGAAGCUCUGCAACUCACGCUCUCCUAUCCUGCGGUCCUUCAAAACGGAACCAGAAGACUUGUAUUCUUUCAAAACAGAACAAGAGGACUGUAGGGGUGACGUGUGUCUAAAAAGCACUCCCAUCAGCCUGUUAAGGGCUCCUGCCACUCUCAAAAGGGAGUCCUCUCCAGGUGUCUGUCUCCCCAGCGUACAAUCCUUGGUAGAGCAGAGGAAUAUCAGUGUUGAACAGGCUAUCGCUAUUGAGGCCUUGACUCAACUGGCAGCUAUCCCGCAAAACCUUCCUGGGCUCAUCAAAACCGAACCACGCAUUGAAAGCCCCAUCUCUCUCAUCACGUUACCUUCAACGCUCACAUACUCCUCCUGUAGAAACACACUUCUGCCAGACGCCAAACCCACAGUUGGGAUCCACUCCAACAAAGUCCCAGUCAUCAGUUCACCACUGCAGCAGAUCUCGGUCAUACGCCCCCCAGUGGCCAGGCAGGGAAAUGUAAUCCAGUGCACCAGGGGAGCGGUCUCCACAGGCAAGCUGGGUCUACAAGACCUCCUGGAAGCCAGCGAGAGAGGCCAGUACAGGAGAGCAGAGCAGGGCAAUGGUGCUCACCCCAUCCGGAAGGAUCAGGACAGGGGUUUUAAUAAAAAUCCAGACAGGAUGUUUGGGAGGGAAGCCGAGAGGGUUGUGGGUAACAGUGGAAGGAAUCGGGAUGAGGAGGAGGUUGCAGCUCAACUGGCCGACUUAGCCUUCAUCAUCCAAUCCCGUCACAAGCACCUGGGUUAUCCCUCCCAGCACUCAGAGAACAACCCUCCUAGAGGAACUCCAGUUUCGGCAAUCAAAUACAACCACAACUCCCAAGGGACUCCCAGUCUCAAAAAGACCCUCGCAAAGAAAACCAAGACCCCCCCUAAACCCAGGAAGAAAAAGGUGUAUGAAGGUAAGGAAGGAGAGGGUUGGGGUCCAGAUUCAAACAACCACAGGACCCCACUGACUAAACGCACCCCAAACAGCAAGACCCCUACCAAGGCCAGAGUCCAGAAGGCUCUCCUCCCGCAGAAGGCUACUCCCAAAAGAAAUCUGUUCCUCCCCCAGGCCCAGAUUGACCUGAAGAGUUACCUGGCUGAUGCUGAGGAGCGCAACAAGUUCAUCUACCACAGCAACGCCCACAAGACAGACGCCCUUCACACUGGAUCACAGGUCCCUCCCACAGGGCAGGUCAACUACAAUAGCACUCACUACCUUAACACCACUCACAGUCAAGGUCUAGAUCACCACCCGUGGUCGCAUUCAAACGGACACCUUCCUGUUCAGGAGAACUGCCACCUUGACCAAUCAUUGGGAGGACGCGAACUGGAGUUGGACAGAUGUUUGUUUUCUCAGGUAACGCAGCCCUAUGACGGGCCGCAGCAUGGUACUAACCCAGAGACUAGCUACACCAGCCCACCAAGUCUGGGAUCCAAUCACAGUACAGCUUUCAUCAGUCUGGCCAAUGGCACUUCAGGGGAUCGGCGAUCCCCGCCUCUUUGUCAGCAGAGUUACUACAAGGUGGAGCAGUCUGGCCCAGUCACAGUGUUGUCCACGUCAGCUGAUGGCAAUCUGGACCAAUCGGAGGAGUCUACUCCAACCAAGAAUGGCAUUGGUGGCUUCCUGGAAUCCCCGCUUAUCUUCCUGGACACGCCCAUUAAGAACCUGCUCAGCACCCCUUCAAAAAAGCUAACCGAGCUGCCUACCUGUGGAUGUGUGGAACAAAUCUUAGAGAAGGAGGAAGGUCCAUACUACACUCACUUAGGAGCUGGACCCAGUGUAGCUGCUGUCAGAGACAUGAUGGAGAACAGGUACGGUGAAAAGGGGAAGGCAGUGAGAGUGGAGGUUGUUGUAUAUACUGGCAAAGAGGGAAAGAGCUCCCAGGGUUGUCCAAUUGCCAAAUGGGUUGUACGUCGUGGUAGCGUGGAGGAGAAGCUGCUGUGUCUUGUGCGGCGGCGGGCGGGGCACCAUUGCGAUAGUGCUGUGGUGGUGAUCCUCAUUCUGGCAUGGGAGGGCAUCCCUCGGAACGUGGCAGACAGCCUGUACCAGGAACUUACACAGACCCUCUGCAAAUAUGGCUCCCCUACCAGUCGUCGCUGCGCUCUCAAUGAGGAUCGCACUUGUGCGUGUCAGGGACUGGACCAAGACACCUGUGGAGCCUCCUUCUCCUUUGGCUGCUCCUGGAGUAUGUACUACAACGGCUGCAAGUUUGCCCGCAGCAAGGUGCCUCGCAAAUUCCGCCUGUUAGGAGACUACCCUCAGGAGGAGGAGAAGUUGGAGAACCAUCUGCAGAACCUUGCCUCUGACCUUGCUCCAGUUUACAAGAGACUGGCACCUGAGGCCUUCCAAAACCAGGUGGACCAUGAGCAGGCAGGGCCUGACUGCAGGCUGGGCUGCAGGGAGGGGCGGCCGUUUUCCGGGGUGACGGCGUGUGUGGAUUUCUGUGCCCAUGCCCACAAGGAUACACACAACAUGAACAAUGGCAGCACUGUGGUUUGCACUUUAACCAAGGAGGAUAACCGGGCAGUACGCAACAUCCCAGAGGACGAACAGCUCCACGUUCUGCCCCUCUACAAGGUUUCUGACAAAGAUGAGUUUGGUCGCCCAGAGGGCCAGUGGGCCAAGAUCCAGACGGGGGCCUUGCAGGUUCUGUCUGCCUUCCCUCGAGAGGUGCGCUUGCUGGCCGAGCCUGUCAAGUCAGCCCGGAAGAAGAAACAGGAGGCUCGCCUCAAAGCGCAGGCAGAUAAACUAGAAAAGAAACUGGGGCAGUGCCCCAUCACCCCGGGAAAGAUCAAACAUGAAACAUCCAACAAAGGUUUUAAGAGCACUUCUGCAGUGCAGGCCACCUUGUUUAAAACAGAGCCACAUGCCUACCCAAGUUCUUACAGACCACCACCAGUCCCAGACAGUUUGGGGAACUACCUACCAGAGCCUAACCCACCCAGCACUUAUAACCCAAGCUCCACCAGCUACAAAACUCCACCAGGGGUCCUAACCCCAGGGAGAGAGGCCCUCUCCCCCUACCAACCCAGUCUGCAUGCCCCCCAGUAUGGCCACAACGGUUCACCCCAUAAUUACAACACAAUCGGUGAGGCCAUGAAUGGUUACCCUCCAGGGGCCGAUGACCCCAAGGCCUUCUUGAAGCAGUUGGCAGACCCCUCGGAGUGUAUCUCCUCCCAAGCGGUUUGUGGCAACAACUCUCGGACAUAUAAAUCUGAGCCCAACGAAGUGCACUGCACAAUGAUCCGGAGACCCCCCCCACAUGAAAACACUCCCCCCCCUUCAUACUGCCCCCUGCCUGUGUCUGAGGGCCUCCAAAGCAGACUGAAUGGACUCCACAGGCAACUGGGGGAGUUGCCUCCUCACAUGCCCUUCCUCCCACAGACGCCGCCCCCCGUCCCAGACGAACUCAAGCAGGAGGAGGUUUGGUCCGACAGUGAACACAACUUCCUGGACAAUGACAUAGGCGGAGUUGCCGUGGCGCCAUCCCACGGUUCCAUUCUCAUCGAGUGUGCUCGGAAAGAGAUGCACGCCACCACCCCCAUCCUACGACCCAACCGCAGCCACCCUACCCGCAUCUCCUUGGUCUUCUAUCAGCACAAGUCUCUAAACGAGCCAGGCCACGGGCUGGCCAUGUGGGAGGCCAAGAUGGAGGCCAAGCGGGACCGGGAGAGGGAGGAGGAGGCCGAAAGGCUGGCAAUGGGACUGGGGGAUGCUGAGAUGGAGGGCAGUCAUGACCAGGGAAAGGGAAAGAGGGGUAAGGUGGCGGGAGAGGUGGAGCCAGAGGAAGAAGAGGAGAUCCAGGAGAAGAGGAAGGUUCUGAAGGUUCCAACCCGUCAAACCUUGACUAUUCCAAUGGAUGGAGUCAUCACUGCGUCCCCUUAUGCUCUCACCCAAGUCACAGGCCCCUACAACCGAUGGACAUAACACACACAUCCUGUACUGCCUUACCUCAAUCAACUUAAUGCUUGUCUACGUGUUUUUAUACAUGUAUUUUCAUUUGGGCUUUUUUAAUGUUUGUGUGUUUUUCUCUGUGUGAUGAGGAAGACUACCGUUGGUUUCUAACUGUGAGUUUUGGUGUUGCAGAUAUUUUUUUUUAUUGUAAUAAGAUGGUGCUUAGAAUAUGUUUUUAAAGAUGUUUUAAAGUUCUUUUAUGGACGUGAUUACAAAUGAACAAGAUGUGAUUAUUUAUUCUGAUCAUGAGGUUUUUAUUUCUUUUGGGGUGCAAGCCUUUUCACUGCAAAUUUAAAAUGCUUUUUUAAAGUUGACUUAAAUUCAAGGAGUGGUAAAAAUUCAGAUUUUACAUGGUGUAAUGUUAUUUUGAUGGUUAUAUUUCAGCCUAUAAUGCAUUUUUUACCCUUUUAUUUUUUAAAUCAUUGAUUCAAUCAUUAGCAGUAAUUUGGGGUAAACAUCCUAUUACACAUAAAGCAAGACAUUUUACAUUUACUACAGUUGAUUUUAAUAAAUACGUAUGUAGCAUUGUGCUUUUUCUGCUCAGCUCCGAGUUGUCUUGUUGGUAUGAAGGAAAUGUGCACCGCUUUGGUUUUUAGUUUGUUUUUUUCCCCUGUUAUUUUACCUUUUUGUUUAAUGUACAAAGAUGGCAUCAAUUAUUGUAAAGCACAUUUUUUUAACUUGAAAAAGUCCCUUUUUGAUUAAUAUGGAUAGAUAUAUAGAUAUAUAGAUAUACGUAUGGAAAUACAGUAUAUAUGUGUAUGUAUACAACUUGUGUGACACUUUUACUCUCCUUUCAGUAUUUCUACAUUUAUUUUGUGUUUCAAUGUUGUGAAUUAAUUUAGCUAUGAUUUAAGAAAUGCUAUCUAUCACAUAUCUUGAAUUUAGUUUAUACAACAACUCAAACUAUUUUUUUCUUAGCAUUUAUGAAAUUAUGCAUUUAAAGAUCAUACUUAUUCAUAUUGGCACUUAAUUUAUUUAGUUGCAAUUGGGAGUUGUGCUAAUUGUUCGUUUUUUGGUCACAGCUAAUAAGACCAAAUGACUGAAAGCUAAUUAUGACCAUUUUGUAUCUUUUCUUACUGGUGCUAACAAGAUUUCUAUUCUUCUCAAGCUAUGAAAUGUGUCUGGUAUGAAUAGAAACUUCCCAGUUACCAUAUUCUAGGUAUGAAAAGUCUGCUUUGGAAAUCCACACCACCUUACUUAGUGAAUGCCACUCAAAUAAUUUCCUGGUCCAUCUUAUGUUGUAUCGUAUUCCUUUGAUAUUUUCAGGUGCUUUGUCUGCUGGAGACUUUGUUUACAGGGGAUUUUCGUAAGUGUUCCACAGGGUCCAACUGUGGCAUGCAAGUUUGGUUGGUGUCAACUGCUGUCAGAACAGGAAAUGCAUUUAUAUUAAACCCAUGUGUUUAGGAAAUUCCAUUUCUCCCUAGAGUUUGGCAAUGUCAGAAAUUACACCAUCUUUGGAACUCCAUGUCAUAUGGUGAUGGUGUCCAAGGACAAUUAGUUCUCAACAAUUGUUAAUUGGUGCUUAUCCUGCUCACUUGGAAAUAGUAUACUUACAGUCAUGACAAAAAGAAAGAAACAAACUCAUAAAAUCUUAUUUUUAUCAUAUUCAUUGGCUGUAAUGUAAUUGUAACUGAUGGCAUAAUUGUUACAUCUUGCAUAUGGUGCUAAUAUGCCUAAAUGUUCUGGUGCAUUGACAAAGCCUGUUGUUAAGGUGAUGUUUUGGUGCUAUGAGCAUGACCGGCAUGUCCUUGUGGAUAUGGUGUCAAGCUGUAUUCUACUUUUAAGUCUAAACUGAAGCUUAGAAAGCAGAUGUAACAGUUAACAUGGUUCUCUGCCCUUUUUUUUGUUGGAAGUUUAGGCACACAUCUAUGAAGUAUUUUUGUUACAGGUGAUAAAACAGAAGAUUUCCCUUUCAAUUUGUAUUACUAUACUGUUGAGACAGAUAGAUUAACACUAUCAUGGUUUUUGUCAACAUGCUACUAAUUAUCUUCUUAGCAUUUUUGAAAAGAGCUAAGUAAAUGUCUUCCAAUAAUGUCUUGAACAAAGUUCCUUCUUAAUCAUCCAUAAAAAUCAGAGUUUAAUAGAUUAAAAUGUAUUUGUAGAAAUGUUGAAGGGGGUUGCAUACAUUUACAAAGUAACACAUGUAGGCAGUUACAAGCUAUUACAUAUUUUAGAGAACAAUGUUUUAACAUUUUUGUAAAUCUUUCCACCUUUAUUCAAAACAAUUUUGUUUCUAUAAAUGAAUCCUGGCAUUGCUUUACUUACUGAGGAACCUCCAUGCCCUUGUGUAACUUGAAAAUUGUAUCAAGGAAGAAAUAACUAGCACCAGCAUUUUACAGGUUUUAAAAGUCAGAGCUUUGUACUGGUAGUCUAAAUAUUUAAACUGUACUUGUGAAACAGACUGUUUUUAAUGUACUGUACAAGGUUGCGUAAACAAUGGAUGGCCUUGCUUAUUUUAAAACUGAGUGACAAAUUACUGUACAUUGCUGUAAGGUUAAAAAAAGAAGAAAAAAAAGGACUCCUAUGGAAGCUGACCUCUUUGGGGAUUGUAAAAUAAAAAAAUAUAUUUAUAUUUUGAA